UGGCACAGCGAAAAUUCUAUGAGCAGGAGCUGGAUGAGGACCUAGGCGACAACUUGGAUUUUGCUAUAGGCAACUAUGUUCAGAGCGGCGUUCCUGGUCUAUAUGAUGACCAAGUCCAGCUUGAUCAGGCCACGCUUGCUGCUAUGCAGAUGCAACUGAAUCAACAACAGCAACUCGCCUCCGUACCAGACGCUGUGAAGCGUUUCAUCGUACAUUUCCAUCAGUCUAUCCGUGACGGCAAUCUUCCAGAGAUUAGCCUUGCGUAUGAGAGUGGCUGGAACCGCCUCACCGAAAAAUUCUACAGCAAGACGGAGUGGCCAGAGGCUGAGACGAUCUCUCCCCUUGUCGGGGAUGACCCAAUAUUCUUGAUCCUGUAUCGAGAGCUAUAUUACCGUCACGUUUACUCGCGGCUCUCUCCUAACAUCGACGAUCGAUUCCAUUCUUACGAGAAUUCCUGCGAGCUUUUUAACUAUCUGCUGAAUUCGGACGGCCCUGCCCCACUGGAUCUUCCAGACCAGUGGCUUUGGGAUAUCAUAGAUGAAUUCAUCUACCAGUUUCAAUCAUUCUGCUCGUGGAAGAAUAAGGUCGGGUCAAAGAGCGAGGAUGAGAUGGCUAUGCUUGCUGAGGCCACCCAGAUCUGGAGCUGCUACAGUGUCCUCAAUGUCUUGUAUUCAUUAAUUCAAAAGUCGCAGAUCCUAGAAUACCUCAAGGCGACACAAGCUGGGGAAAGCACGGAAGCCGUUGCCGAACUUGUUGGGGAGUAUGGCACACGAUCCUUAUAUCGGAUGCUAGGUUAUUUCAGUAUUAUCGGACUGUUGCGGGUGCAUACUCUGCUCGGCGACUAUACUUUAGCCCUGAAGGUUAUGGAUAAUGUCGAGUUAUCACAGAAGGCUCCUCUUGCCCGCGUCACCGCGUGCCAUGUCGCCACCUACUACUAUGUUGGAUUCUGCUACCUCAUGCUCCGCCGAUACCCUGACGCUAUCCGCAUGUUUGUCACAAUCCUCAACUUCAUCAACCGAAUGAGGCAAUAUCAUACUCGAAGCUACCAAUACGAUCAGGUCAACAAGACCGGAGAUCGCAUGUAUGCGUUAUUGGCUAUAUGCAGCGCUUUGUCUCCAUCUCGAUUGGAUGACAACAUCAUGAACACUGUCAAAGAGAAGUAUGGUGAUCAAUACACCAAGAUGACACAAGGUUCAGAGGGGUUGCAAGCAUUCGAAGAGCUCUUCACAUUUGCCUGUCCGAAAUUCAUCGCGGCGAAUCCGCCUCCUUACGAAAACGAAGUGCAGUUGGCGGCAUGGUUAGAAGAACCGCCAGCUGAUCCUGCUCAGAAGCAUCUUGCCCUUUUCCUCUCGGAUGUUCACGCUCAGGAUGCUGUUCCUACACUCCGAAGCUUCCUCAAGCUCUAUACAUCACUGGAUGCUGGUAAACUUGCCAACUUCCUAGAUGUGGAUGAGGAGGAACUUGUUCAGCAGAUGAUGGUCAUGAAGCAGUCUUCGCGAAGCGUAACGAGACCCGCAACAUCUGCUGGCAGCUUGCUUCAAGGGGAGGUGGUUUCCACGAGUGAUCUCGACUUUGCUAUUGAAGAGAAUACCGUACACAUCGCAGAGUCUACGGUUGGGCGCAGAUACGGAGGGUGGUUCAUUCGUAACAUUGAGCAUGCCCAGCGGGUAUUCGAUAGCAUGCGUAGCCAGCCACUUCCCAUCACAAAGACUGCAGCUGUGACGCCGCCUGUUAAUGGUCAAGUGGAGAAAAGCGAUGCGCCAGCGGCGCAAUCGCGACAGACUUCGGGACGAACGGGGCGCGCAGUUUGGGGAGGGGCAAAUGCUCGCAGAGUCGAGAUUGAGGCCUAGCUACCACUUAGUUCAGUUGAGCGAUGCAUUAUUGUGACUCAU